AUGUCGUCAAUUUAUUAUUUUUCUACCCUGCUAGACAAGGAUGAUAGGUCUGUACGCAUUGCAGGUGGUGAAGCACUUGCCUUAAUUUUUGAGAUGGGAAAUUUGGAUAAGUUCUGUGGUGAAGCUAAAGGAUCUAAUGACAGCUCCACUAUUGAAGGGAAAAAUUCUCAGGAGUUUGUACAUAUCCAGGGAUUGAGGGAAAAAAUCCUUAAUCAAGUGAGAAACCUUUCCGUAGAAGCAGGUGGUAAAGGUUCUGCUAAGAAAGAUCUUAACCACCAGCGGAACUCGUUUAGAGAUAUUCUAGAACUGCUUGAGGAAAAUGAAUUUCUUCACGACCUAUUUGAUUUCACACCUAAGUCAAAACUUCUUUUAGGAACUGAGGGCCGUAUAUCUGCUAUUGAGAAGGCAAUAGGGGAGGCGGGUCAUGCCAAGGUUGCCCUUGACCUUUUGCGGUGCCAUUUUCCCAUUUCCAAUGUGAAGAGGAUGGAUCCCGCCCUUCGUGGGGAUGGUGCCUGUCGCAGCACUGGAAUGCCUGUCGUGGCACUAAGGCUGUACAAAUCUCCAAACUCGGUUCUUAGUAAGGCAAGGACCCAGUUCUUGAACAAGCAGCGUACAUUGUCGCAGGAUAAGAACACUGGCCGCUUUGCCGUUGGUUUAGGUGAGGAGGAGGUUUAG